AUGGAUAGGACUGCGCUGGAUGGCAGCAGCACAGAAGCUCCCCAGCGAUGCUGCCGGGAGGCUGCGCGGACUGUGCGUGAAGCGGCGGGAGCGGCUAUGGAGGAGUCCGCAGCGGAGGCUCCUUCUUCAGGGGACUCGGCUGCUUCGGCCGUCAGCCCUGUCAGCGCUCCCCAACAGGAACUGAGGCAGCAGCAGCAGCAGCAGCAGCAAGGGGUCAAGAGGCACCAUCACAAACACAACCUGAAACAUCGCUACGAGUUGCAAGAAACGCUGGGCAAGGGUACCUAUGGCAAAGUCAAGAGGGCCAUCGAGAGGUUCUCAGGCAGAAUGGUUGCAAUAAAAUCCAUCCGUAAGGACAAAAUUAAGGAUGAACAAGAUAUGAUUCACAUCAGACGGGAGAUUGAAAUUAUGUCAUCUCUUAGCCAUCCUCAUAUCAUCACCAUAUAUGAAGUAUUUGAGAACAAAGAUAAAAUAGUGAUCAUCAUGGAAUAUGCAAGUAAAGGGGAAUUGUAUGAUUACAUCAGUGAGAGACGAAGGCUAAAUGAAAGAGAGACAAGACACUUCUUCCGGCAAAUUGUUUCAGCAGUUCAUUAUUGUCAUAAGAAUGGUGUCGUUCACAGGGAUUUAAAACUGGAAAAUAUUCUUCUUGAUGACAAUUGUAACAUCAAGAUUGCAGACUUUGGACUUUCAAAUCUUUAUCAGAAAGAUAAAUUUCUCCAGACUUUCUGUGGAAGUCCACUAUAUGCAUCUCCUGAAAUUGUUAAUGGAAGACCUUACCGAGGACCAGAGGUUGACAGCUGGGCUCUUGGUGUUUUACUUUAUACUCUGGUUUAUGGAACAAUGCCCUUUGAUGGCUUUGAUCACAAAAAUCUGAUCAGGCAGAUCAGUAGUGGAGAAUAUCGUGAGCCAACACAGCCCUCAGAUGCUCGUGGUCUGAUCAGAUGGAUGCUGAUGGUGAAUCCUGAGCGCAGAGCAACUAUUGAAGACAUUGCCAACCAUUGGUGGGUUAACUGGGGCUAUAAGAGUACUGUUUGUGAUUGUGAUGCCUUGCAAGACUCUGAGUCCCCUCUGCUAUCUAGAUUCAUAGACUGGCAUCAUCGUUCCAAUGGCCUCCAGCCAGAGACUGAGACCAAAAUGAAGUGCCUUUCUAAACCAAAAGGAUCUGAAGUCCAUUUAGAGAGACAGCGAUCCCUAAAAAAAUCAAAGAAGGAAAAUGACAUUGCACAGUCUAUCCAAGAAGGAGUUGACAACUCCUGCAAAUUAAAUUCCAAGAGGCCAAAGGGUAUUUUGAAGAAGAGGAGCAACAGUGAACAUCGGUCUCACAGUGCAGGAUUCAUAGAAGGAGUAGUCAAUCCAGUAUUACCCUCCGCUUUUAAAAAAGAACAAGAAUUAUGUAGAACAGGUGUACCAGUUAAGAGCGUUUUGGAGGGGGAUAUAAUGGGUAAAUACAGCACUAAGCAGUCUUCUUUAAUGCCAAAAAAGGGAAUCCUCAAGAAGACUCAGCAAAGAGAAUCUGGAUAUUACUCAUCUCCAGAACGGAGUGAAUCUUCAGAACUCCUGGAUCAUAACGAGGAGGCAGGAAACAGUGACACAUCCCCAAAUAUCAUUGAAACAUUAAGAAUAGAGUCUUAUAGUCAUUCCUACAGACGGAAGGGUAUUUUAAAACACAGUAGCAAGUAUUCCACCACUACUGCACAUUCAGCUUUGAUCCACUCUGAUAGACCAGUCACGAAAGGCAUGGAGGAAGCAGGUUUGUCUGUAGAUGGAUUAUCUCGAAGUUACAGCCGCCCUUCUAGUGUGAUUAGCGAUGACAGCAUUCUUUCCAGUGACUCUUUUGACUUGGUGGACUUGCAAGAGAGCAAACUUAGAAUAAGAAGCUGUGUGUCAGCUGAGAACUUCCUCCAGAUCCAAGAUUUGCAAGGACUUCAAAAAAACCGCUCACGACCACAAUACCUGAAGCGUUACCGAAGUCGGACAAGUGAUAGUUUUUCUCUUCUUACAGACAUGGAUGAUGUCACUCAGGUCUACAAGAAGGCUCUGGAAAUCUGUAACAAACUUAAUUAGCAGAUGGGAAAAAGUAGGACUGGAGAGAAAGGAUCUUGGGUACCUUUAUGAUGGAGUUGGCCCAAUUGUCAAUUAGCUGAUAGUGACAACAUUGUUCUAAGGAGAAGCCCUUCAAAAUACCACCUCAUACUUAUUAUUCAAACUUGGAAUUUAUGCAAUUAAAAUACUACCUAAUGUCCAAAGAAAUUAUGGUAAUAUAUGAAGAAAACUCUCUGGCAGAUAGAAAAAAAUAAAAUAUUCCAGUGGUGUAAGUUGAAGCUAGAUAAAAUGUAAACUGGAAAAGGGUACUUUUAAUUUUUGUUAGGGAAGGUAACGAACUAGUGGAAAAGCUAUAAUUUUAAGAGUAAAAAAUAAUCAACAGUUAAAUAUAAUAA